AUGUUCAUUAUCAACGCUGGUUCUGGAUUCAGGCUUCUGUGGAGCACUGUGAAAUCUUUCCUUGACCCAAAGACCACUGCAAAGAUUCAUGUUCUUGGCAACAAAUACCAGAGCAAACUGCUUGAGAUUAUUGACUCCAAUGAACUUCCUGAGUUUUUGGGCGGGAACUGCACUUGUGCAGACAAAGGUGGUUGUAUGCGUUCCGACAAAGGUCCAUGGAACGACCCUGACAUCUUCAAGAUGGUUCAGAACGGGGAAGGAAAGUGUCCAAGGAAGACAUUGGCAAACAUUGAAGAGAAGACAAUCUCAGAGUAUGAGAACCCAACCACAUCUGAAUCCGUUGCGAAGAACAAACUCGAUGCAGAGAAUGUUAAGUUCACACCAAUGGUUGACAAGACUGUGGAUGCUUCUACUUGGCCUACAAAACUCCACAAGACAAACUUUACCGAGCCUGAAGAUCUAUACUCUGCCGUGAAGCCAUCGGAGAGGAGAGGAGGAGAAGGCUAUCUAUUCGGUGGCGUUAUGUCUCUGGUUAUGGGGUUAGUGACAGUGGUGAGGCUGACGAAGAACAUGCCGAGGAAGCUCACUGAGGCGGCGAUAUACGGCGGCGAAGCUGAGAAAGGAGAGAAGGCGAUGGUGUCUAGCCAAGACUACAUGUCAAUGGUGAAGAGAAUGGCAGAGCUGGAAGAGAAAUGUAGGUUUUUGGACAAUCAGCCGGCUGCGUUCUCGCCUGAGAAGGAAGAGAUUCUCACCGCCGCUCUUAGCCGUGUCGACGAGCUUGAGAUUCAGUUGUCUGAGACCAAGAAGUGA